AGGUAGCUUGUCCAGGAAUUUAACUUUCUAGACUCAAUUACGAUAUCGCUUACGUCAGUACAUGGAUCGGUCGCAGAUUCAGUUCAUCCUCUGUUAUAAAUCUUGUCCAGGGGGAAGGAUGCACACCAGAACACACUUUUUAUUGAUUACAUCUACGAAUUUUAUUUGAUGGGCAUCUGUUUUUCUUGCCAAGUAACUCACCCGACCGCCAAGCUGAUAUUAGAUGAUGGCGGGCUAAAGGAAUUUUCGGAGCCUGUAAAAGUAGCAGAAGUUUUGAGAGAGAGACCAGAUUUUUUCGUAUCCCAUUCUGAUUCUAUGGAUUUUGAUCAGUAUUUGAUCGCUCUUUCUUUAGAGAAUCAAUUGCAAGUGGGUCACCUCUAUUUUCUUCUGCCUCGGGAAAAAUUGCAAAAUCCCCUGCCCUCUUCAGAAAUGGCUACCAUGGCCGUAAAAGCUGCUGCUGCACUGCAACAAAAGCACAAGAAGAAUAGCCGCAGAAUGUGCCGGCGCAGUAAAAUAAAGCCUGAGGUGGAGCAUAACAUGGAAGGAUUCAAUCAUUUGAAGGAAUCCCCAUCAUUCAGAGGAACCACGGUUGGGGAUUUCAGGGACUUGUGGAAAAUGAAGCUCAGCCCAGUACCGGAAGCCUUUGAUUACUGAUACUACCCCGAAUCGGCGAAUUACUUUAUGCGUCUCCAGCCAUUAAACCGUGUAAGAGGCAUUCUAUGCCAUAAUCAGCAUUCUUGAGCAGAUAUCCCGUUGUUUGAGGUUGCAAGAAUUCCCAAUUAUUGGUGAGGUUAGACUGCGGUUAAGUUUAGUUUUGCGGGAAUUCCCAGUUGAACGAUCGAUGGUGUUGACACAAGACUUCUUGCGGGAUCUAAAAUAACAAAUAGCCAGCAUUCUUUCGGACAAAAUUGAGCUUAAAUUUCUUCAGUUUUACACAGAAGAUAUACUCUGUUUUAGACGGUCGUAAAGUUCUAUUAAGGUCGAAUUAUAAUGUUGUUUCUCAA